CCUGCCCUAUUUCAUCCUCAGAUAAGAUUGGUAAUUGGUAUCUUGAAACCGACACAAAAGCACUCAAAACCGGUUUAAAUCAUGUAGAAACGCGCAAAAAGUUACUUAAAACCUUAUCGUGCAGAAAAUCGAUGAUGAUGGUUUAUGGAUGUCCAUAAAUAAAAACACGAUGACACUAAGCCGAGGAACCCACCUACUGAGAGUAAGAUGCCAAUUAAAAAAAUUAUUGUGCGUUUUCGAUUACAUCAUACAAGUAUCAAGAAUAAUUCUAUAGUGCACUUGGCUUCCUUGUGCGAUCGUUUCGAUUUAAACUAUGUAUGAAAAUCGGAUGUCAGCAGACAAGUUCCGGUAAUUACAAAAGGUAUCGGUUUAUUAAAUGUAUGUCGAUCAAAAUUGCGACUAAACAAACAACCUCCAGCCCGUUUCUAUCUAAUCUUACGUAGGCACAAAUUGCUGUUUGAAUAUGCUAAUAACUAUCCAGUAAAAUGCGUGACAGCAAAACUGCAUCAUGGGUGCAUUGAGAGGCAAUGGAACCUUGGCGAAAAUUUGGAAAUUGCAGAUUGCGUCCUUCCUGGUAAGUGCAUGAUGCUUAUUCAAUUACUAUCUAAUAUCAAUUAGUUUUUUAUCGGGGAUUUUUUUGAACUCAUUGAGUAGAUUUCGACUACUUAAUCUCAGUGCAUAAUAGCUGAUAACGUGAUUUUGAAACCAGUACUGAACCUCGGCGCCCACCGAUCCAUCAGUAACCGUAACAGUAUAAAACGUGGUCAACGUUUCAUUGGAAAAGGUACAAAUAAGAAUGGGAAUUAUAUCAAAUGGUUCGCUGAAGUUCCCUUGGAGACGCGUUUUAGAUUUCAAUGCAGUUGCAGCUCUGCCAACCGACAAUGCCAGGAAUGCGAUCGAAACCCUGCUGCUCAUCCUGCCAUCGUUCUUCUUCAUGGUGAUAGCCGUCCUGUUGUCGUCGCUUCUACACCAGUCCAAGACAUGGGCCUUCGUGCUGGAAUUCCUCAUAAUCGUCGUUCCGGUAGUUCUAAACGUAACCGUUUUCUCCCAAUAUGUAACCAGCGUAGUAAUAAUAACUGGUUUUCUUAUCGGCAUGCAUUUACUAAUCUAUUUGCUAGUUGUGUUUUUGAAGCAGCAGAAAACCGCCAAACGGGCUACCCCAAUCAACCCGACCAAGAAGGAUUACAUUACUAAUUGUCGUGCCACCAUCAACCUGCUCUCAGUGAUUGCCAUACUAGCGGUCGAUUUCACAAUUUUUCCUGCGCGAUUUUCCAAAACCUUAACAACCGGGUUUAGUCUUAUGGAUGUCGGAGUUGGGCUGUUUGUGUUUGCAAACGGCAUUGUUGCCCCUGAGGUCAGGGGCAAAAGAGACUCAAUUGGCAGCUCGAUUCGCGGCUCCUUAUGCCUUUUAGUUAUAGGAAUACUCCGGUUAGUCUUAACCAAACUCACUCACUACAAUGUAUCCGAAAGCGAGUAUGGCGUGCACUGGAACUUUUUCAUCACACUGGCUUUCACAAAAAUAUUUUCUUCGUGUGUCCUAAACAUUGUUAAGCCAAAGUAUGUGCUAAUUAACGCCACGUUAAUCCUCAUUGCCCAUGAGACUUUAUUGCAGCUCUCUUUCAAAACCUGGAUAUUCAAUCAUUUUGAAAGACACUCAUUUACCGAUGCGAACAAAGAAGGCCUGGUAUCCGCUAUCGGGUAUUUAGCGCUUUAUUUGUACUCCGUGUACUUUGGCUAUAGCAUCAAGCAAACCGAGAAAAGCUACAGAAUUACCAAUGGAAAGUUCUUCGUCAUUACUAUGACAAGUUUGUUGAUGACCAUUUUUUGCAAUUAUCACUUUGAAGUGUCGAGGCGACUGGCCAAUGCUGGAUAUGUCUUUUGGGUGCUCUUUAUAGGCAUUUUCAUGACGUGGCUCUUUUAUUUGGCCGAAAAUGCACAGAAACAUAUCUUUGAGGGCAUCACCAAACAUUAUUUAUGUUCACCUUACAUCUACGAGGCCAUCAACUAUAAUGGCCUGAUCUUUUUCAUCAUUGGCAACCUUCUAACCGGUUUAGUCAACUUAUCGAUAUCCACCAAACAAGUAGAGGCUCCGACCUCUCUUCUUAUAUUGUUUUUGUAUAUGUUUAUUAAUUGCACCGCGGUUUUUCUAUUUUAUGUUAAAAAUUGGAAACUCAAACUUUAAAACUUGUUUGUUUUACUUUAUUACCUUAAAGUAUGAGUUUUCUUUUUUUGAAAGCUUUAAGUUGGACUAACAUGGUACAAAAUAGGAGCUUUAGACAGAGUCUAUUUACACAAAGUUUUUAUAUUAAUUGAUACACUGCAGRGUUUUGCCGAAGAGCAUUUACCUUCGGCAAUUUAGCUAUUUAGGGAAUUGAAAUGCUGUAGUAUCGAAAAAAUCGAGCUGAAAUCGCCCCUUUGUCACGCUGUAGUAGAAACCCAACCAGYAGCAAACCCGAUAAUCACGUGAUAGUGUAUGUUGAAGUGACUUGAUAUCGACGUGAUUAUCACGACAGAAAGUCACAUUGAAAUGACGUCGAUAAAAGACGUGCACUCACGUCAUACACCAUUCAAAAUGUAACUUUUUGUAUUUUGCCUCGAUUUUCAAAGAUUUUUACAAUAAAAAUCUACGAUUUUUUAAUUUUUUUGGAUCAUUGAUAAAACGUCUACAACUACAAGGUGCCAGGAAAUGUUAAUUUAGGCUAUAACCUCAAGUUUACCCUCGUUUUUUAAAUGAUUUUGUUUAUAAAACGCUCUUAAACCAAAUAAAGAAAAAAGUUUUUUUUUUCGU